AUGCGUCAACUUACGGAGCAGGAGUUACAGACGCUACUUGCCAAGUUGGCAGGCUAUACCGGACGGUCACUCAACAACCUUAUCGUGCCCCAGUCCGAUUCCGAGGAGGAGCGACAUGUCUUUCGUCUUCAAGGAAACCGAGUGUACUACGUGAAGAAGUCACUGGCAGAUUUAUCGACGAGUUUUGCUCGGGACACCCUUCUUUCUCUCGGAAUCUGUAUUGGCAAGUUCACCAAGACUGGAAAGUUCAGAAUCCAUAUCACAGCGCUCGACGUGAUUGCCCCUCAUGCGAGAUACAAGGUCUGGAUCAAGGACAAUGGUAUCAUGCCUUACCUCUACGGGUCGAAUGUUGUGAAAGCGCACGUCGGAAGAUGGAGUGAGGAUAUCCCAGAGCAUACAGGAGUCUUGGUGUACGACUCGAACGACACACCUUUGGGAUUCGGUGUUACUGCCAGAUCCACCGCUGAGAUCCGCAAGCUGGAUCCCACUGCGAUCGCCGUGUUUCGGCAAGCGGAUGUAGGAGAAUACCUGAGAGAGGAAGAUACUCUGUUUACGACGUGA